AUGUGUGUCGGAAAGUUACCAGACUCAUUUUAUGUCAAAAUACAAAAGAUACCCUAUUCUUUCGUGGUUAUGAAUCUUGACGACCCUGAUGAUUAUUUCAUAGAAGAUACAGUACCAUAUCAUGCUAAUUUCAUUAUAAUAAGCUGUCAAGAUUACGAAGAGCUGGAAGAACUAAGGCAGAAGUUAGUAGCUUCACCCUAUUUCCAUCCUUUAGCAAAUAUUCUUACAUACUAUCACAGGAAAGAAGACAAGGAAACCAUGGCGAAACUGUUCUUCAGUGCCUGGUACUACAAAGCCAUAAAUUCAAUCCUAGUUCAGUAUUCCGAUGAAGAAGAAACUUUGCUAGUGUCUGAUUUCACUCCGUAUGUUAACGAGGAUUAUAAGAUUCAACCGGAAAAUAAGUUUGGCUGCUGGACUGCCAGAAAUCUCGGAAUGCCAGUUGUCGGAUUUGACACAGGAUACGUUUGUGUAGAGAAAUGCCAUAACGUAUCGAUACACACACGGCUGAGGGCUAAUAAUCUCGGCACUUGCAUUGGUUUUAACACAAAUGUGGUAUCUUACAACGAUUUCAAACAUCUGAGAAACUUAAAUCUUUUUGAAGAUAGAACCAAAGAUUUGCACGGUUUCGUGUUCAGGGCCUACGCUGUUCAAGUUAAGCCAUUUUUUCUCAUUAAGAAUCACGGAAACGGAACGUAUACGCUAUAUGCCAGAGAUGGGAUGAUAUGGAACACAAUGGCUGAACUCUUUAACUUUGGUAUAGAUCUUAGUCCUAGUGUGGAUGUUAUGAUGAAGCCUUUCAACUUCGAAAUUAGCAUCGACCAAAUCUUUGCUUUUGCACGCCGCAAAGGAGACUUGUGCUUGUUCCCAAUCUAUCAGUUCGACGUUAUCGUAGUGGGCCUGGAUUUCACUUAUCCUUUUAAAGACAGUGGUAUUUGUAUUUUGUCAGCUCGUGCUGGGUUUGAAACUAGCCUGUUCCGGAUAAAGACUUUGAGGGCUAAUAUAUCGACCAUUAUUCUAUUCUUGGCUUGUUUCGCUUGUACAUGGGCUACAUUCACGGUUUACAAAGCAGCAGAGAAAAGGCAUUUGAGUUUCGAUCAAAUCGGUAAAGAUUUCAUGAACACUUGCAGACAGAUUUUAAUGAUAAACCUGUACAAGCCACCUACACAUCACUUUUUCCGAAUUUUCUUGGCGAUAGCUCUGUGGUGCUUUUUUGUGAUAAAUUUUACUUCCCAGGCCACAAUAAUUUCAUUCUUUACAGCAGUCAAAAGAGGCAAAGAAGUUGAUACAUUUGAUGACGUGGUUGCGAAAGGAUAUCCUCUUGAAGCCAUGGCUUCGCCCGAUUUGAUCCUUCCAGAUACUGAGGAAAAAUUUCGUAUAAUCAACUCCAGACUAGUUAAUGAAGUAGAUAUCUAUGGAUGUGUCGAUCGCUUGAAAACCGAUCCUCGUCGAUUUUGUCUCAUGGAUUGUUCAGUCGGUCGUUAUAUUAAAAGAAACAGACUUAAUCAUAGAGGCGAACAAUAUUUACAUAUUGCUGAGCAGGAUAGAAUACAUAGCCAUUAUUUGGCGAUGGUAUUCUCAGAACAUUCACCGAUGACCGAACGGUUCAGCAGAUACAUGAUGAUUCUUUGUGAAGCGGGAUUGAUAAGGAAAUGGGAACAAUACAGGUACACUGACAUAAAGGACGAUGUCACUACGAAACCUCUCGCAUUUGAUGAUUUGAGCGGCAUAUUCCAAGUCUUCUGCUUCAUGGUGGGGAAUACAUUAAUUAUAUUCUUCUUAGAAUUAGUAGCAUCACGUAUUAAAACUUGUUGUCAGAAUAUAAAAAUACCAAAUGGAUUACCAAAACGAAAUACAGAAUAAUAUAUUAAAUUGAAAGCAUUCAAGGUGCAAGUUAAAGUAGGUACAUA